CUUCGUCUCCCCCCACACACCCAUAAAAUUGGCUGGUUGGACGUCAACGUUAAUUCGUUUCAGUGAUGAUAUUAAAAAGUAAAUUCCCCCUCACGACCCUAGCUGAGCUCAUCACUGGGUCCCUGUCCCUACAUAUUUAAACUGCAUUUUCAUCUCAUGGCUAGAAGACACUUAGUGCUCUGACGGUGGAGAGAGCCAGCACAGGAGGGAAGAGGAAAGCAGAAGCCGCGUGCGUGGCUGAGAGUGGAUGCCACCAGGUUCCAGGUCUGGCAUCCUUGAAGUGAACCUGAGACAGAGUAGAGGAGGAAGAGGAGGAGAAAGGACUGAAAGCAAGCAGACUGGCCGGCACGCAAGCUAGCUCAGGAGGCUUGGCUGGCACUCGAUCUCCUGAAGCAGAGGAGGAAACUGAGGCCCAGAGAAGAGACUUAUUCACAGUCUUACUGGCAGUGAGGGACAGAGCUGGAAUUUGAACCCAGGUCCUCAGACUCCGAAUCUUUCCUGGCAUUGUACUCUGAUGUCCUAGGCAGCUCAAGAAGCCACCAGUCCAUUCUCAGCCUGACAGUUCAUCUACUGAGCCACCUAUGAGAAAAGUUGCUGCCCUCGUCUAGCUAAUAGUGAGGAAUGAUCUGGAGUUGGCACGUCUCACCACUAGAGCAGCUCCUAGAGGCCUGUUCUGUGCCAUAGUGGUAUUGCCGGACUUGGCAUCUGUUUCUUUGGGGCUGAAUCUCCUUCUGUUCUGAAGACCCCCAGAGAAGUCACCCAUCCCUCCCUUAAAGCAAGAGAGUGAGAGCAGCAAUGAAUCAUACCAUGCCCCAGAAACUGAGAUUGGAAUGAAUAGAUGCCACCAGAUGCUCUGAACCAAUUGAUAUCCAAGACCAAUUACUCAAACGCCAAAGAAUCAAUCCUUCUCCCAAGCCUGGCUCAUACAACUCCAGCCCCAGCAGUAUCCAUCUUCUUAACUCCUUUUUUUGAGGUCCAGAGAGUGUCCUUCAUUCAGGGACAAAGCCUCUCAUCACUAAGGCUUACAUUCAUUGGGCCAGAUACUCUGAAGUUACAAUGGAAGACCACAUGUUUAGUGUUCAACAAAUUCAACCCAAUGUCAUUUCUGUAAGGCUCUUCAAACGCAAAGUGGGAGGCUUGGGAUUCCUGGUGAAAGAACGGGUUAGCAAGCCUCCGGUGAUUAUAUCUGACCUGAUCCGGGGUGGGGCAGCUGAACAGAGUGGUCUUAUCCAGGCAGGAGAUAUCAUCCUUGCAGUCAAUGGCCGGCCCUUGGUGGACAUGAGCUAUGAUGGUGCCCUGGAGGCUCUGAGGAGUAUUGCACCAGAGACUCAUGUGGUCCUCAUCCUGAGGGGCCCCGAGGGCUUCACUACUCACCUGGAGACUACAUUCACCGGCGAUGGGACACCCAAGACCAUCCGAGUGACCCGGCCCCUAGGCUCAGCCACUAAAACAGUGGACCUGUCCCACCAGGCUGUACCCAGCAAAGAUCAGCCCCCAGGGCCAGACAGUGCUGUGGCCCUUCGGAAUGUGCCCCAGCACCCCAGAAAAAAUGGUCAAGAAGAUAAUUCCCUGGCACAAACCAAUGGCAUGGUACCUGACCGGAAGGGUGAGGACCCCACAAAGAAAAGUGCCCUGGCUGGCCUACAUGGUGGUGGGGAGAGCAACGACCUUCUCCAAGAGAUCCAGCCAGUGCUGAACCUGCUUACCAGUGGCAAGAAGGAAAUCAAUGGAGGGCGGCCACACAAGGCAGAGACAAGAGAUGCAGAAGUCCAGGCAGACAGAGACUUGGAAGCAAAGUCCCAAAAGCUUCUGCCACUUGGGAUGGAGAAUGAUCGUGUCUUCAAUGAUUUGUGGGGGAAGAACAACAUGCCCGUUGUCUUAAACAACCCAUAUUCAGAAAAGGAACAGCCCCCAACUUCAGGAAGACAGUCACCCACCAAGAAUGGCAGUCCUACCAAAUGUCCUCGCUUUCUCAAAGUCAAGAACUGGGAAACAGAUGUGGUCCUCAAUGACACACUCCACCUCAAGAGCACCUUGAACACAGCUUGCACCGGGCAGAUUUGCAUGGGUUCUAUCAUGUUCCCCUCCCAACAUAUACGGAAGUCUGAGGAUAUCCGGACAAAAGAACAACUCUUUCCCUUGGCCAAAGAGUUCAUUGAUCAAUACUAUUCAUCUAUAAAGAGAUUUGGCUCCAAAGCCCACACAGAGAGACUGGAAGAAGUGAACAGGGAGAUAGAUACCACCAGUACCUACCAGCUGAAGGACACAGAGCUGAUCUAUGGAGCUAAACAUGCCUGGAGAAAUGCUUCUCGCUGUGUGGGCAGGAUCCAGUGGUCCAAGCUGCAGGUGUUUGAUGCACGAGACUGUACCACAGCCCACGGGAUGUUUAACUACAUCUGCAAUCAUGUCAAGUAUGCCACAAACAAAGGGAACCUCAGGUCUGCUAUCACCAUAUUUCCCCAGCGGACAGAUGGCAAGCAUGACUUCAGAGUCUGGAACUCACAGCUCAUCAGAUAUGCAGGCUAUAAGCAGCCUGAUGGCAGCAUCCUAGGAGAUCCCGCCAACGUGGAGUUCACAGAUAUCUGCAUUCAGCAAGGCUGGAAGCCUCCGAGAGGGCGUUUUGAUGUCUUGCCACUCCUGCUCCAAGCCAAUGGCAAUGACCCUGAGCUAUUCCAGAUUCCUCCAGAGCUGGUUUUGGAAGUGCCCAUCAGACAUCCCAGGUUCACAUGGUUCAAAGAGCUGGGGCUGAAGUGGUAUGGUCUGCCGGCCGUAUCCAGCAUGCUCCUGGAGAUUGGAGGCCUCGAGUUCAGUGCUUGCCCAUUCAGCGGCUGGUAUAUGGGCACCGAGAUUGGUGUCCGUGAUUACUGCGACAACUCCCGAUACAACAUUCUCGAGGAAGUGGCCAAAAAGAUGAAUUUGGACAUGAGGAAAACUUCCUCCCUGUGGAAGGACCAAGCCUUGGUGGAGAUCAACAUUGCUGUGCUUUACAGUUUCCAGAGUGACAAAGUGACAAUUGUUGACCACCAUUCGGCUACUGAGUCCUUCAUCAAGCACAUGGAGAAUGAGUACCGCUGCCGAGGGGGAUGUCCAGCUGACUGGGUCUGGAUCGUCCCGCCCAUGUCUGGCAGCAUCACACCUGUCUUCCACCAGGAAAUGCUCAACUAUCGACUCACACCCUCCUUCGAGUACCAGCCAGAUCCAUGGAACACCCAUGUCUGGAAAGGUACUAAUGGAACCCCCACAAAAAGGAGAGCCAUUGGCUUCAAGAAGUUGGCAGAAGCUGUCAAGUUCUCAGCUAAGCUGAUGGGGCAGGCCAUGGCAAAAAGAGUCAAAGCCACCAUCCUCUACGCCACCGAGACAGGCAAAUCCCAGGCCUAUGCAAAAACCUUAUGUGAAAUCUUCAAACAUGCCUUCGAUGCCAAGGUCAUGUCCAUGGAAGAAUAUGAUAUUGUACACCUAGAACAUGAGACGCUGGUCUUGGUGGUUACGAGCACCUUUGGCAAUGGAGACCCUCCAGAGAACGGGGAGAAAUUUGGCUGUGCUUUGAUGGAGAUGAGGCACCCCAACUCCGUGCAGGAGGAAAGGAAGAGUUACAAGGUCCGUUUCAAUAGCGUCUCCUCAUACUCUGAUGCCCGGAAAUCUUCAAGUGAUGGGCCUGACAUGAGAGACAACUUUGAAAGUGCUGGGCCCCUGGCCAAUGUGAGAUUCUCAGUGUUUGGCCUUGGAUCGAGGGCAUACCCCCACUUCUGUGCCUUUGGCCACGCAGUGGACACCCUCCUAGAGGAACUUGGAGGGGAACGCAUCCUGAAGAUGAGGGAAGGGGAUGAGCUCUGUGGUCAGGAAGAAGCCUUCAGAACCUGGGCCAAGAAGGUCUUCAAGGCUGCCUGUGAUGUGUUCUGCGUGGGGGAUGAUGUCAACAUCGAGAAGGCCAACAACUCCCUCAUCAGCAACGACCGAAGUUGGAAGAGGAACAAGUUCCGGCUGACCUAUGUGGCAGAAGCUCCAGAGCUCACCCAAGGUCUGUACAGCAUUCACAAAAAGCGAGUAUCUGCUGCCCGGCUCCUCAGCCGCCAGAACCUUCAGAGCCCUAACUCCAGUCGAUCAACCAUCUUUGUGCGUCUCCACACCAAUGGGAACCAAGAGCUGCAGUACCAGCCUGGGGACCAUCUGGGUGUGUUCCCUGGCAACCAUGAGGACAUGGUGAAUGCCCUGAUCGAUCGACUCGAGGAUGCCCCUCCCACCAACCAGCUGGUGAAAGUGGAGCUUCUGGAGGAGAGGAAUACAGCUUUGGGCGUCAUCAGUAACUGGACGGAUGAGCACCGGAUCCCGCCCUGCACCAUCUUCCAGGCUUUUAAGUACUACCUGGACAUCACUACGCCCCCAACGCCCCUGCAGCUGCAGCAGUUUGCCUCGUUGGCCACCAAUGAGAAGGAGAAACAGCGGCUGCUGGUCCUCAGCAAGGGCUUACAAGAGUAUGAAGAGUGGAAAUGGGGCAAGAACCCCACGAUCGUGGAGGCCUUGGAGGAAUUCCCAUCGGUGCAGAUGCCGUCCACUCUCCUGCUGACCCAGCUGUCCCUGUUGCAGCCCCGCUACUACUCCAUCAGCUCCUCCCCAGACAUGUACCCUGAUGAAGUGCACCUGACCGUGGCGGUUGUGUCCUACCGCACCGGAGAUGGGGAAGGACCAAUCCACCAUGGGGUCUGCUCUUCCUGGCUCAACCGAAUACAACCGGAGGAAGUGGUACCCUGUUUUGUCCGAGGAGCACCCAGCUUCCACUUGCCCCAGGAUCCCCAGGUACCCUGUAUCCUGGUUGGCCCAGGCACAGGAAUAGCGCCUUUCCGGAGCUUCUGGCAGCAAAGGCUAUUCGAUAUCCAGCACAAAGGCAUGUCUCCAUGUCCCAUGGUCCUGGUCUUUGGAUGUCGGCAGUCCAAGAUUGACCACAUCUACAAGGAGGAAACCCUACAGGCCAAGAACAAAGGUGUCUUCAGAGAGCUGUACACGGCCUAUUCCCGUGAGCCAGACAAACCAAAGAAAUACGUACAGGAUGCCUUACAGGAACAGCUGGCAGAGACCGUGUACAGAGCCCUGAAGGAGAAAGGAGGCCACAUCUAUGUGUGUGGGGACGUCACGAUGGCAGCCGAUGUUCUGAAAGCCAUCCAACGCAUCAUGAUACAGCACGGGAGGCUCUCAGCAGAAGAGGCUGGGGUGUUCAUUAGCAAACUGAGGGAUGACAAUCGCUACCAUGAAGAUAUCUUUGGAGUCACCCUGCGCACGUAUGAAGUGACCAACCGCCUUAGAUCUGAGUCCAUUGCCUUCAUUGAAGAGAGCAAGAAGGACACUGAUGAGGUGUUCAGCUCCUAACCAGGUCCUUUCUGCCCCAUUCGGAUGGAUGCCAGGCUGGGCUGCCUGCCCCCAGGCCUUCUCCAGGCGGAAGGUCCUAGGUUUUGGAAAGAUGGACACUGCUGACUCUUUCCUAUGGGACUCCCGUGAAAUGCGCACUCCCUCUUGUUCUGUUGUUGCGUCGUGGUUUUUUGGUUCGUUUUUCUUCUUUUCGGACUUCGAGUCCCGUGGGGCUUCCCUUGGCCCCUUUUGUUUCCUCUUUGAACUUUUCUGCUGCAAUGCAAUGGCUUCUUCUCCACAGCGGCUCUUAGGAAAUGACAUUUCUUCUCACCCUCUUUCUCUCUCUCUAUUCCAAGGGCAUACCACAGCUGCAUGAAAUCACCAGAUCACUCCCGCCUGGCAUUUCCAUGUUGGUUUUCUGGGGUUUCUUUGGAAAGGCAGCAGGGACUGGGGAGAAGAGACUAGCUGUGGGUCUCUUCCUAUGAGUCCCCAGCACCUAACGUCACACACCAUCCUUUUUUAAAAGUUGUCAUUUUUCGGUGUGCGUGUGCACGCACAUGUGUGUGUAUGUGUAUGUGUGAGGGGCAUGGGUCCUCAUCUGUUCUCCUCUUCCCUGUGCAAGCCUGUUGCCUGCAGACCUUUGGUGCAGAGAAACUGUAUUCCCUUGGCACAUGUUGACCUUUUCUGUGUUCCCACUCAACAAGGCUGGCAUUGGUUUGUAUGAACCACUUGGGAGCCCCUGGAUUGUACGACAUUGGCAUUCAAGUGGUCAGGGUGGCUGUGAUGACUGGAGAUGAUUUGUCCCCCACUUGGGAUUGAAAUCAAUUAGUGUAUAAGCCACCAAGGCACAAAUCCAUCUCAUGAAUUCCAUAUGCCAUGCUCUUGCUCCCACUUCUCUGUCCCCAGCACAUCAUCUAGUUAUGUCCCUCAACCCCUUUCCCAGGUCCGUCUGCUACACUGCUUCUGGUCCUGGUUCUGCCACUCUUUGGCAUUGAGUAAGUUACUCCACUUCCCUGGGCCUCAGUUUCUUUCUCUGUGAAAUGGAUGGGAAUUUGUAAAGAAUAAGCUCCUCCUCUCUCCCUCUGAAAGUAGAAUAGACUUCCUCAGCAUUAGAGUCCUUCAAGCAGAUUUGGAUGGCCAAACAGGCAGUCAAUAAGCAUUUAUAAGCACCUACUACAUGCCAGAAAUGAUGCUAUGUACAGCAGGUACAAAGGAAGGCAGAACCAAUCCCUGCCCUAACUUGGUAUAAAUAAGGUAUAGACAGAGUACAUGGAAAGCCACUCAUAAGUGAUGUUGUAGAGUCAAGUUAACAAGCAUCUAUUAAGUUCCUCCUAUGUGUCAGGCAUUGUGCUAAGUACUGGGGAUACAGUGAAAG